CAAAAUGAUUUUAUUAAAGAAGCAAUUUAACUGUAAUUAUAAAUUGUUCUCAAAAAAAUUAACUAAAUUCCAACGUUUAUCUCCUUUAAUAGCUUCUGUUUCAGGUUCUUCAUAUUCAACAACAGAUUCUAAUGGAAAAGAUUAUCAACUUUACCUUUACAAUCAUUACACUCGUUCAAAGGAGUUGGUUAAACUUACCGGUGAUUUAAUACCAAUCACUUUAUCGUGUAAACAAUUAACUAAUGAACCAUUAAUUGGAACUGUCUAUAUAUGUGGACCAACUGUUUACGAUUAUUGUCACAUCGGCCAUGCAAUGAGCUACACAAGGUUUGAUAUUUUCAGGCGAUUCUUGCAAACUUACGGAAAUGUUAAUCUUGUCACUGCAAUGAAUAUUACUGAUAUUGACGAUAAAAUAAUGAAAAAAGCUGCUGAAGAAAAAGUAUCUUACCGAUCGAUUGGAGAUAAAUAUUUCUCAGCAUUUCUUGAUGAUCUCCAAUCUUUGAAUAUACUUCCCGUUGAUUCAUUUGUCCGAGUCACUGAUCAUAUAGAUGAAAUUAUUGAUUAUAUUGGUUCACUUGAAGUUAAAGGAUAUGCUUAUAUUAAUUCAGAAACUAAUGAUGUUAAUUUUGACACUUCCAAGGUUAAUGAAUUCAAUGAUAAGAUUGAAAAUAUAACCGAUAAAUCAAAAGGUAAAAAAUCAAGUAAAGAUUUUGCUCUUUGGAGAAGCGCUUCAAAUGAACCACUUUGGGUCUAUACAAGUCCAGUUAAUGGUCAACAAUUAAAAGGAAGACCAGGUUGGCACAUCGAGUGUAGUGUAAUUGCAAGUUGGUUAUUUGGUUCAUCUCUUGAUUUUCACUUCGGUGGAAAGGAUUUAAUUUUUCCUCAUCAUUUCUGCGAAUCAGUUUGUUCAUCUUGUUAUUUUGAUCAAAUUAACAAACAAUCAGCAACUAAUUGGGCUUCUCAUUGGUUCCAUUCAAGUCACGUCAAAAUAGCUAAAGAGAAAAUGAGCAAAUCAAUUGGAAACGUAAUCACAAUCAAAGAUUUUAUCAAAACUAAUAGUCCUGAUCUUCUUAGGAUCAUGUGCCUAAUGCAACAUUAUCGUAGCGAUAUCGAUUAUGAUGGUUUAAUUAUCAAAAGAUAUGGUGAAUUAGACCGACGAUUUAAACAAUUUAAUCUCUCAAUGAAAGAGAAGACACUUUCGCUUGGAUUAAAUAAAUUUCGUAAUGAACAGUUAAUUAAUUGUCAACCUGAUGAUCAAAAAUUAUCUAAUCUACUCAAACAAUCAACUGAUGAAAUACUUUCUGGUGCUGCCAAUGAUUGGGAUCUAGAGAAAGGGUUAAAUUCAAUUCUGGAAGUAAUUAAUUACUCUGAUUCGUUAGUCAAUCCAAGUUUAAUUGAUUUAAAUUGUCUUAAAUCUCAUGUUAACAAAUGGAUGAAUUCAAUUGGCCUUAGUUAUCCUGAUGGUUCACAAUCAACUAAUACCAAACAAGAUUUACUUCUAAUCACUUUGAUUAAUCAUCGUAAUCAAGUGCGAACAUUAUCAUUGGAAAGUUUAAUUAAAACUGAUUUAACGGUGAAUCAAGCGAAAGAACAAUUUAAAAGUAUUCUUAAAUCAUGUGACAAUUUAAGAGCUAAACUUGAUUCUCUUGGUUAUGUGAUUAAGGAUUCGAAAUUCAAAGCUGAUAAUUAACU